AUGAAAGCCAGGGUCCCCAUACACCGCCUCCUGAGCGCAUCAUUCCAGGGAUCGUUUCUCAUGCGUCUCAACCCCAUGUUUGCGUGGGUUGUCUGUUUGCUGGUGGUGCUUCAGCCAGCCAUUGCACAUGUUCUUUUCGUCGGUGAUGGGACGGACACUAGCUCAUGGUGCCGCUAUCAGAGUUGCGCAGCGAAGAAAGAGUACAGCAUCGUGGUAGGACAGGCGCUGGACCUCAAUGUAUCAGCAACAAACAACUUAACAGCUGCGUCGAACACUUCGAUGGUAGUGUUGAACGUGGCGGGGCUGCCCAACGGCUGUCAAAUUUCAGAGGUGACUUACCUGGCCAGCUACGUCAUGGACUACUCGUUGAACGCGACGCUUGUCCAAUGGUACACGAUGAGGAGGGUUCAGUUCACUCCCAGGGCAGGGCAGGAGGGAUUGAGCUAUCAAGGCAGAGUCAACUGA